AGAAAAAAAAUCAAAGAGAGAUUUUUUUUUUUUUUAUAUAUAAAAAAAAUGGGGAAAGCACGUAUAAUAGGAAUUGGAAUGGAUUAUUCAGCAACAAGCAAAAUAGCUCUAAAAUGGGCAAUUGAUAAUUUAAUUGAAGAAGGUGAUACAAUUAUUAUUAUUCAUGUUGUUUCUUCUAAAGUUGAACCAACUAGUAAACAACUCUUUGAAGAUACAGGAUCACCUUUGAUACCUUUGGAUGAAUUUAAACAGAUUAAUGUGUCUAAGUAUUAUGGAUUAAAUCCUGAUAAAGAGGUUAUUGAUAUGCUUGAGCCUGUUGCCAAACUCAAAAAGGUGACAGUGGUGUCAAAGGUGUAUUGGGGAGAUGCAAGAGAGAAACUUUGUGAUGCUGCUGAAAGUCUCAAACUUGAUUCACUUGUAAUUGGAGGCAGAGGCUUAGGAGUUCUUAAAAGGGUGUUACUUGGAAGUGUGAGUAACUAUGUGGUGCAAAAUGCAACAUGUCCUGUCACUGUUGUGAAAACCAGUCCUCAAAAGUGAAAAAAAAAAAGACACUAAAGUUUAUGU